GCACACUCCAUAACUUCAUUCACAUCUUCAAACACCAUCAAAAAUGGCAUUCCUCAUUCCUUCCAAAACAACCUCCAUGUUCUUUGUAUUCUUGUCGGUUUUGGCAUGUUCGGCUUUAGCCCACGAGUUUUCAAUCCUAGGGUACGCCCCCGAAGAUCUAACCUCGAUUCAUAAGGUGAUUCACCUAUUUGAAUCAUGGGUGGUUAAACACAACAAACUCUAUGAAAGUCUAGAUGAGAAACUACAUAGAUUCGAGAUCUUUAUGGACAACUUGAAGCAUAUCGACGAGACCAACAAGAAAGUUAGCAACUAUUGGCUUGGACUUAACGAGUUUGCUGAUAUGAGUCACCAAGAGUUCAAGGACAAGUUCUUGGGGCUCAAAGGUGAAUUGCCCGAGAGGAAAGACGAAUCUGCUGAAGAAUUUAGUUAUAGAGAUUUUGUUGAUUUGCCUAAAUCGGUUGAUUGGAGAAAGAAAGGAGCUGUUGUUCCGGUCAAGAACCAAGGACAAUGUGGUAGUUGUUGGGCAUUCUCAACCGUCGCUGCGGUUGAAGGUAUAAACCAAAUUGUAACGGGAAAUCUAACUGAGUUGUCAGAACAAGAACUAAUUGAUUGUGACACGAGCUUCAACAAUGGUUGCAAUGGAGGUCUAAUGGAUUACGCGUUUGCAUACAUCAUGAGAAAUGGUGGACUUCGUAAAGAAGAAGAGUAUCCUUAUAUCAUGAGUGAAGGCACAUGUGAUGACAAGAAGGAUGUAUCGGAAAAGGUGACGAUAAGUGGAUAUCAUGAUGUACCAAGGAACAAUGAAGAUAGUUUCUUGAAGGCACUUGCAAACCAACCCAUUAGCGUUGCCAUUGAAGCCUCGGGUCGUGAUUUCCAGUUCUACAGCGGGGGUGUUUUUGAUGGGCAUUGUGGGACCGAGUUGGAUCAUGGAGUUGCAGCCGUCGGAUACGGAUCAACCAAGGGUCUAGAUUAUAUAAUAGUGAGGAACUCUUGGGGACCAAAAUGGGGAGAGAAAGGAUACAUAAGGAUGAGGAGAAAUACAGGGAAACCCCAUGGGAUGUGUGGCCUUUACAUGAUGGCUUCUUACCCUACCAAACAAAAAUAAAAUUUCCUUGCUUAUUACUAACUUUGAAGGGGCCAACACCUAUCACAUGUAUUUGUAAUGUUUCCAUUUCAUAUUUCAUAUUUCAUGGUUAAUUAAUUUCUUUGUUUGGGCAUCAAAAAAUCAAGUAUUUACUACAAGUUGCAACUCAA